UCCCCGAGCUCUGUUUUGCGCCAUUGCAAAUUUUCGAGCCAAAGCAGAAGAGGAGGAGGAAGAAGAAGCUUAGCGAUUGGAAAUGGCGGCCUCGGUGAUGACCUCAGUGAGUCUCAAACCAGCUCCUUUCACCGUCGAGAAAGCGGCGAGAGGUAUUCCGUCUCUGGCGAGAAAAUCCGGCUUCUUCAAGGUCGAGGCCAGUGGUGGGAAGAAGAUUAAGACCGACAAACCCUAUGGAAUCAAUGGAUCGAUGAAUUUGAGGGAUGGAGUUGAUGCAUCGGGAAGGAAGGGCAAGGGAAAAGGAGUCUACCAGUACGUCGACAAGUACGGAGCCAAUGUCGAUGGCUACAGUCCCAUCUACGACACCAAAGACUGGUCUCCAAGUGGUGAUGUCUAUGUCGGUGGUACCACUGGGUUAGCCAUUUGGGCAGUGACCUUGGCCGGUCUUCUUGCUGGAGGUGCUCUUCUUGUGUACAACACCAGUGCUUUGGUGCAGUAAGCUGGAGGGAAGUUAAAAAGUCUGUUCUUUUCACUUUAGUUUUUGUAGCAUAUGAACAACAUUAUUAAGAAAUUCGAUGUAAUUAUCUGGACAACUGCGUCGUAAAUGCUUGGUAAGAUAAAUUCUUCUCUUCCCUAUA